AUGGCCGCCGAGAAGACACUCCGCGAGUUCUCCGUGCCCGCUGUCACCAACAUGGCCACUGGCCCCGCUGUUGACACGGCUGGCAAGAACAUCGAGCUACGCACCGGCCUGAUCACCAUGGUGCAGGCGAGCCCAUUCCGUGGCUUGCCAACUCAGAUAGCUGCUGCCCUUCCUACUGAAUACAAAAAUAAUUCUGAAAAUGUAAAAGCGGUGACCACGAGGGGUGGUAAGACCACUCGUGAUCCACCGAACCCUAACGCUGAUGCAGGGAAGGACAAAGUGCAACAGGAGAUAACAAAGAAAACCCAAAAAGAUGUCAGACCAGAAGAAGAGGAAAUGGCACCAAAAGACCCAUUGGGGUACACGGACACCAUGUAUCUGCCAUUUCCCACAAGAAAUAUAAAACAAGCUGUGGAUGAACAAUUCACUCGCUUUGUUGAGAUGAUCGAGAAGAUACAUGUAAGCGUUCCGUUGAUGGACGUUCUACAUGUACCUUCUUAUGCCAAGUACAUCAAGGAUAUCAUCAACAACAAGCGCCCACUGCCAUCCACUGAAACAAUUAAGCUGACGGAAGAGUGUAGCACUGCUAUACUCAACCGUCUCUCAGAGAAGAGGAAGGACCCGGGGUGCCCUACAAUCACAUGCUCAAUCGGAACUCAGCGCUUUGAUCAUGCGCUAUGUGAUUUAGGUGCAAGCGUAAGUGUGAUGCCUAAAGUUGCCUUUGACCAGCUCAACUUCACUCAACUCAAGCCAACCACGAUGACUCUCCAACUGGUCGACUCAUCGGUCAGGCAUCCAACGGGAAUAGCCGAAGAUGUACCAGUACAAAUCAGAGGACUGUUUGUUCCCGUGGACUUUGUGGAGCUUGACAUGGAGUUAACCAAGGAAUCACCAUUGAUCCUUGGGAGACCCUUCUUGAGCAUUGCAGGAGCACAGAUUGAUGUGAAGGAAGGAAAGAUCAGUUUACACAUCAAUGGGAAGGAGGACAAGUUUGACUUCAAACCAAGGCAUCAAGAGCAAUGCUCAAUGAUCCGGGUUAGAUAUGGACCAAAUAAACAGAUAAAAGAGGUGCAGAUACAGCCUGAAAUUAUUUAUAGCAUCUCUAAAUCAGUAAAAAGACCUACACAAAAGCCAGAGCAAAAGAAAAAGGCAGCUCCCAAAAAGAAACAUGAGGGGCAAAAUAAAGCUUGUAAGCAAAACAAGGCUCUGGAAGAAAAAGAGAGUCCCCUUCCACCAAAGAAGGUAUGGAAGGAGAUCCAAAAGGCAACCACACCACCAAAAACCAAUCAGAUGAAGUGGAGGCCAAAGAAGAAACAAGCAUCUCCGUCCACUUCUCCCGGACAAGGAGAUCCAUCACCAAGCACGGGAGAAAAUGGUCUUGCUCACCAGACCUAA